AUGCAACGCCACGGACACACCGCAAGGUUACGAUCUCUGAUAAAGCAACACGGGCGUACGAUUCCCGAUACUGCGCCACGGGCACAUGUAAAUCCCGAUACAGAGCCACGGGCACAUGUAAAUCCUGAUACAGAGCCACGGGCACAUGUAAAUCCUGAUACAGAGCCACGGGCACAUGUAAAUCCCGAUACAGACCCACGGGCACAUGUAAAUCCCGAUACAGAGCCACGGGCACAUGUGAAUCCCGAUACAGAGCCACGGGCACAUGUAAAUCCUGAUACAGAGCCACGGGCACAUGUAAAUCCCGAUACAGAGCCACGGGCACAUGUAAAUCCCGAUACAGAGCCAAGGGCACAUGUAAAUCCCGAUACAGAGCCACGGGCUCAUGUAAAUCCCGAUACAGAGCCACGGGCACAUGUAAAUCCUGAUACAGAGCCACGGGCACAUGUAAAUCCCGAUACAGAGCCACGGGCACAUGUAAAUCCCGAUACAGAGCCACGGGCACAUGUAAAUCCUGAUAAUACCGUGCCAAGGGCAUACAAUUCCUGA